GUGUGUGUGAAAUGAUGGAAGGGUUUAAUUGAUUUUUCGUAGUUUGCUUGUAAUCUUAAGUUUGCUGUUACUUAGAAUGUGAAAGGUGUAGCAUUUCAUGAGCUCAUUGUUCUUGUUUGCCAUUUUUAGUAUUAUGUACAGUCAAAUAUUUAUUCCAAUUUUGACAACUGUGAACAAGUUCUAUGUUUCCGCGGAUUCUAUUUGUUCACAUUUGUCUACCUUUCCAGAUUGGCUCUGGCUAAUGUGAACCAGCCCUUUUCAUUUUCAUUUUGGGAUUUGAAAAGACUCAAUGCUGGAUCCCAUGGCACCAUAAUCUCUCUUCAGGUUUUGUCUGGGUUUGGGAUUUUUUCUGGCGAGAAUGAGCAGUUUGGGGAAGAAUUAAGAAGACUAAAUAAAGGAGAUUGAUUAUAGCAGAGAGGUUUCUUGGUGAGAGAAGAAUUGUUGGAAUUGGACUGGAGAUGGCCUCGUUAUCAAUACAUAACGAGGAAAUUGGUAAUAAAGGUAGAAUGUGGGCCUUGCAGCAGCAGCUUGAUCCACCUAUGGAUGAAGAGGGUGGGGGGCUUAGGAACAGGUAUGAUGAAAAGGACUCUUCUACUUUAUUUCUCCUUCAGCUUGCAUUCCAAAGCCUUGGUGUGGUGUACGGAGAUUUAGGCACAUCUCCUUUAUAUGUUUUCUACAACACAUUUCCUGAUGGAAUCAAGGAUCCAGAGGACGUGAUUGGAGCUCUAUCACUGAUUAUAUAUUCUCUCACUCUCGUCCCUCUCCUGAAAUAUGUUUUCAUUGUUUGUAGGGCAAAUGAUAAUGGACAAGGAGGAACAUUUGCUCUUUAUUCGCUGCUCUGCCGACAUGCAAAACUGAAGACGAUACCCAACCAAGACCAUUCUGAUGAGAAACUAACAACUUAUAGUCAUUCUACAUUUCAUGAAAAAUCCUUUGCUGCAAAGACCAAGAGAUGGUUGGAAAGACAUACAUUCAGGAAGAAUUCACUUCUUGUUCUCGUUCUUGUAGGCACUUGCAUGGUGAUCGGGGAUGGAAUUCUCACUCCGGCCAUUUCAGUUUUAUCGGCUGUUCAAGGAAUCAAGUUAGGUCGUCCUGAGAUGAGUAGUGAAAUUGUUCUUGUUGUUGCCGUGAUAAUAUUAGUAGUUUUGUUCUGUCUGCAACACCGUGGUGUAGAAAAAAUUACCUGGAUUUUUGCCCCUAUUGUCCUCCUCUGGUUUCUUUUAAUCGGAGGUAUCGGCAUAUACAAUAUUAUCAAAUAUGAUAGCAGUGCCCUGAAAGCUUUUUCACCACUGUAUAUAUACCGAUAUUUCAAAAGGGGUCGGAAAGGGAGCUGGACUUCUCUUGGAGGUGUUAUGCUCAGUAUAACAGGGACGGAAGCCCUCUUUGCAGAUCUAUCCCAUUUUUCAGUGGCAAGCAUACAAAUUGCUUUCACAGUAGUAGUAUUUCCGUGCCUUCUGUCAGCCUAUUCUGGACAAGCUGCAUACCUCCUGAAAAACUCGGAUAAUGUAGUUGAUGCAUUUUAUCGAUCUAUUCCAGAUAGCAUAUAUUGGCCAGUGCUCAUUAUUGCGACAGGCGCUGCAGUUGUUGCUAGCCAGGCUACCAUAACUGCAACUUUUUCAGUGAUCAAGCAGGCUGCUGCAGUAUAUUGUUUUCCUAGAGUUAAAGUUAUGCAUACAUCAGAGAAAAUUCUGAGCCAUAUAUACAUCCCAGAAAUUAAUUGGAUCCUUAUGAUUCUUUGCAUCGCUGUGACAGUUGGUUUCAGAAAUCAAAGCCAAAUUGGAAAUGCUUCUGGAAUUGCAGUUGUGAUAGUCAUGCUGGUGACGACAGCCCUUAUGGUUCUAAUCAUGUUAUUAGUAUGGCGGUGGCAUUGGAUUCUUGUCCUAGUAUUCACUCUGCUAUCCCUGGUUGUGGAGGUUACUUACUUUUCUGCUUUACUCUUCAAGAUCAAUCAAGGUGGUUGGGUUCCUCUAGUAAUUGCUGCAGUCUUUUUAACCAUCAUGUGUGCUUGGCAUUAUGGGACAAUGAAACGCUACGAGUUUGAGGUGCAUAGCAAAGUUUCAAUGCCAUGGAUUCUUGGGCUUGGCCCAAGCUUAGGUCUUGUUCGGGUGCCUGGCGUUGGACUCGUAUACACUGAACUAGCCAGUGGGGUUCCUCACAUUUUUUCACACUUUUUUACCAACCUACCUGCACUCCAUUCUGUUGUGGUUUUUGUCUGUAUAAAGUACCUUCCAGUCCAUACAGUCCUGGAAGAAGAGAGAUUCCUUGUAAGGCGGAUUGGAUCCAAGGAUUUCCACAUGUUCCGUUGUGUUGCAAGAUAUGGCUAUGAAGACCUUCAUAAGAAGGAUGAUGAUUUUGAGAAUAAGCUCUUUGACAGCCUUUUUCGUUUUGUCAGGCUUGAGAGCAUGAUGGAAGGGUGUUCAGAUUUGGAUGAAUAUAGCUUAGAUGAUGAGCUGACUAGGGAAUUAAGAAAUGGCCUUUCGGGUUAUAAUGGCGACGAACUUUCUUCCACUGUCGAUGAAACCAUCUCUUCAGUUGGUUCAACGACUGCAAAUUCUGAAUUGCAGGCAAACAAUGCUAUCCUGCCAUCCAAUCAGGUGAUCAGCCAAAUCACGAAUGGUGAGUUGCAACUCUUGAGGAACUGUAGAGAUUCUGGAGUGGUCCACAUUCUAGGGAAUACAGUAGUGACAGCAAGACAGGAUUCCAGUUUAUGGAAGAAAAUAGCAAUUGAUUAUGUGUAUGCUCUUCUAAGAAAGUUGUGCAGGGAAAACACUGUGGUUUUCAAUGUUCCUUGUGAGAGUCUAUUGAAUGUUGGACAAGUUAUCCAUGUAUAAUAUUAUUAUUAUUUUAUCGAAGAGUAGAUCAUGUUUUUGGUC